CGAGCGAUUCGCCGAAUCUCGUAAGCAUCCUCCCGCCAAAGCGGGUUAUCAUGAGUGCUAUCGUGAACGCCAUAAGUACAAUCCGAUGGAAAUCCGUCAGUAUCAUAACCAAUUCAGAUGAAAACUGGUGGUCGGAUCUAGCCUUCCGUCUCGGUUUUGCAAUCAAAGCAGCCAAUCGAACUCUAGUCAAAAAUUUUAUCUUCCUCACAAGAAAUGACUCUCAGGAAUUGUUGGAACGAAACAUUUCAAAAUUAAAACUAUCAAUCAAUACCGGUGUUAUCCUCUGCAUGCCGUUCGGCGAGGCCCUGUCGCAGCGGCUCUUCAAAUCCCUGGCCCGGCGGGGGGCGCUCCCAGCUUCGAUCCUGCUUCUGGACCUCUUGGCCGACUCCCCGCAGCCGCACCUCCGCCUCGCCUUCGACCACCGGGGUAGGCAACCCGCCGAUGCCGUCCCCGUCCGUGCCCCGGCGACCAACGCGAGCAGCACCACCCCCGUAUCCAAUAGCAAUAUUCCUUACCCUCCCCCGUCUCCGGACGUCCUCGAGUUCUUCAGGAGGAUCCAUGGCGGACUCCUGGUUUUCACCACCAGUGAUCUCGUCGGGCUCCGAUCGAGCUCGAGCGAGUUAGAGUACCUGUUCAAAAGCUCUCUGAAAGCGGUGAUAAAUGUGACCCAGUUCUCGGAGAGCCAUAGAUUCCAUUUCGUAGUGGCGGAUGUAAAUAAAACCCUAGCGGACAAACCCAGUGCAAUUAGUUGGCGCCCGGUUAUUAGCAUAAACUGCGUUUUCAAAAACUGUGCCACCAGAGAUAAUGUCCAGUUCAAGACCGAAUUCCUGAUUCCGAACGCAACGGCCUGGAUUCGACGGAUAUCACACUGGAACGUUGGUAGCCAUCAUCAUGUCGGCGCAGCUUGUGAUGACGUCACUUUUUGCAUAGAGAGCAGUGGUGAUUUUUUUCGCGAGGAGCAGUAUGGUGCUCUUUUAAUGGGCAUUGUCUCAUGUGCAGUGUUUGUGGCCUUGUCGAUUGUCUGCUGUUUUGCCAGGAGACAAUAUUUAAGAUCUAAAACUGCCAAAGGUCCCGUGAAGAUUUUGCUCACCCCCGCAGACUUUGUCUUCCCAAUUGUACAAGAUGCGAAUGGCUUACAGGAGUUGGGGACAGGGAGCGCUUCGAUCGCUGAGAAGCCGGAUCUGCUGAAAGGCUCCGUGCUAUCGCUGAAAUCGCAGCAGACGCAGCAACGAAAAAGCAGCACCAGCUCUGUCAGCCUAUCCCGACCUUUCAUCGUAGACUCCAAAGCCAGAUACAACGGGGAUCUGGUGCAAUUAAAAGAACUUCCAGUGCAAGGAGGGACUUUCGAGCUCAAAAGCAAGGCCCUGGAUCUCCUCGUUCUGCUGCACGGGUUGCGGCACGAGAACCUGAACCCGUUGAUCGGGUGCUUGACGGAUCCUUGUCGGCCGGCGCUCGUCUGGGACUGGUGCAGCCGAGGAAGCCUCGAGGACGUCCUUAUCCAGGACGAAAUCAAACUCGAUUGGACCUUCCGUCUCUCCCUCCUCACCGAUCUCGUCAGGGGAAUGCGAUACCUGCAUUCUUGUCCCCACCGGGUCCACGGUUCUCUGACGUCACGGAACUGCGUAAUCGAUGCGAGGUGGGUGCUCAAGAUAACCGACUACUCGAUGACCACCUUGUACGAAGCGCAGAACAUAACACCACCCGAAAAAAGCGCCAGAGAAUUGUUGUGGACAGCCCCCGAGCUGUUGCGAAACCCAGUUCUUGGAAGGCGGGGGUCUCAGUCCGGGGACGUUUAUAGUUUUGCAAUCAUCAUGCAGGAGGUCGUCGUUCGGGGAGAACCUUUCUGCAUGCUGUCACUCACACCAGAAGAUAUAAUCGAGAAGGUGAAACGACCGCCGCCCCUAAUUCGACCGUCGGUGAGCAAAGGGGCCGCCCCUCCAGAAGCAAUAAAUAUCAUGAGACAAUGUUGGGCCGAGCAACCGGACAAACGACCCGAUUUUAACAGCAUCUACGACCUUUUCAAGACGUUAAAUCACGGAAGGAAAGCGAACUUCGUCGACACGAUGUUCCAAAUGUUGGAGAAGUACUCGAACAAUUUGGAGGACUUGAUUCGGGAUCGGACGGAGCAAUUAGACAUGGAGAAGAAAAAAACCGAGCAACUCUUAAACAGAAUGUUACCAAGCACGGUAGCGGAAAAGCUGAAGCUAGGAAUGCCGGUGGAUCCGGAGGACUUCAAAGAAGUGACGAUCUACUUCUCGGAUAUCGUCGGGUUCACGACGAUAAGUGCGUACUCGACACCCUUUGAAGUCGUGGAUCUCCUCAACGACCUCUACACCUGCUUCGACGCGACAAUAAACGCAUACAAUGUCUACAAAGUGGAGACAAUCGGUGACGCUUACAUGGUUGUGGGUGGUUUGCCCGUGCGGAUUCCGGACCACGCGGACCAGAUCGCCACUAUGGCUCUCCAUCUCCUCCACCAGAGCGGGAAAUUCAAAAUCAGGCAUCUGCCCUUCACACCUCUCAGACUACGGAUAGGACUCCACACAGGACCGUGUUGCGCUGGUGUGGUUGGUCUAACGAUGCCGAGGUAUUGUUUGUUUGGUGACACCGUAAAUACAGCAUCACGAUUAGAAUCAUCAGGAGCGGCGUGGCGGAUCCACAUCUCGCAGACGACGAAGGAGAAGCUGGACGAGGUGGGCGAGUACGAGAUUCAAUACCGAGGCGAAACCGAACUUAAGGGAAAAGGCAAAAUGCCCACUUAUUGGCUCCUCGGAAAGACCGAUUUCAACAAGGAGCUGCCCGUACCGCCUCUGCUCGAAGAGAGCCACGGGCUGGACGAGAACCUGAUCCGCUACGGGCGAACAGGCCAGAUGGACGCGCCGCCGGACAAAACACAACUGGGCACCCGAGAGGUCUCCGAGGAGAGCGGCUCCAUGGAGCUCUCCGUCGAAUUCUCCACCUCCCAAACCUCCCCGCCGACGAACCAGGAGACCGCCCUCCCCCAACGUCUCCUCAAGAACCAGUUCUCCCUCGACACGAAGCUCAACCGGGCCUCCGCCCAACCCACCCACGCCCCCCUCGACAAGCAAAAAACCCUCGACUUCCACCCCGCCACCGACGACGACCCCGUCGGGGUCUCCACCCCUUUCUCCAUCUCCGACACGGAAUUCGACACCCUCCCGCCCGACAUCCACUUCAUCGACCAAGCCUCCAGCUCCGCCUCCUCCAACGCCUCCAAGACCCUGGAACCGCCCACUCCGACCGCCCCCUGGCGCCGCUCGCCCCUCCCCCAGCCCAACACCGAGAGCCCCCUCAUCUCCAUCAACAUCGACUCGACCAACAACAAUCACCUGGUGUUGGACCCGGAGGGCAACAACAACGACCCAGGGUUGCCGAUCUUCAAGACGGACAACGCCACCUCGUCCAUCUUCCGGAUCGCCAACGCGAACCAACGGAAGCAGGAUUACGACCUCAGCUCGCCGUACAGCCACUAUCGAUGCCUGUCGCCGUUGAGCGAGGCGGGAGAGCCGGGGCAUCGGUUGGGAGGGAGGCUCAAGCGACAGUUCUCGGUCGAUAAGACGGAGGAGGGCGAUGCGACUGCGACCGGCGGGAAACCGGUCGCCGCCCAGACCAGCGCCGGCAACCGGUUGUUCAAGCAGAACUCGGCCGGCGCCGCUACCGACCUCGAACGGAUUAGCGAGGAGGUCGCAGCGGCCAAUAGUAAUAAGUUCGUGUCCAAGGAUGAUUACUAUAAGCAUAGGCUCAAUGUCCCCUCUUUGAGGUCUAUUUCGGCAUCGUCGGAGUCGUUGCAUUAGGACCGGAGAUUAAUACUCUCUCAUGGACACUGGGAAAAAAAAACACAUUGGAUCUAGAGUCCAGACUCUUGA